AAAACAACCGGAUUGGAUUAACGGUAUCAAUAUUUAAAUUUUUGUUACAGUUCCUAUUAUUCCUGCUGAUACGACCAAAGGUAAAGAAACUUCAAAAUGCCCCACACUUGGCGGAAUGACGAAAAAUAUUGUUACUCAAAGUUUUAAAAUGAUAGGUUUUUAUCCAGCACCUGAUGCCCAAUACAAAAGAACAUACACAGCUACUCGUAUUGAAACUUCACGUCUGAAAGAACUUGGAAAGGCGAGAAGAGAUAUUACUGGAAAUGUUAUAAUAAAUGUACUUACCCAAAAACUAGAUGAGUUUAUCUCGGGUGGCCAGAAGUAUCCUGUUCAAAAUAUUUGUGUUUUGAUUGGAAUAUGGGUUAGUCUAAAAAUGACUUCAAACACGUCUGUUUUAAACACUGGUGAUGUUUGUGAAGUACAAUUACUAUUAGGGGAUAAAGUUAGUAAUAUUGUAAAAUACAGACCAUUUAAAUACAUAUAUCACCAAGUAAAAGCAAAGGACAUUGAUGGUCGAAUGGAAACACUAACUGCACAACUACGAGAUAAUUUAAGUAUUCCACUUAAGUUUAAAUAAUAAAUAAAUACAUUUUUCCCAUUGCACUAACUUAUUUUAUAUUGCUUGUAUUUAUUUAUUGUUAUUGUU